UCUUUACGCGAGUUUAAGAUUCGAGUCGGUUUGUCCAAAUCCCUUUUAUUGUCUCUUUUUGUAUGUCUGGUGUCAGAUUUUUCCCUCUUGCACUCGGAGGGGGAGGAUCUAACCGCGUUGAGUCACGCAGCUGUCAAAGAUAGCUGUCACCCAGUUUCCACAUCAAACACAGAGUGAAUGAGAGACGCGCAGCCUGUCCCAGGUACCCGACAAUGUGUUGCGUCUCCGACAAAUGAAAAACGCGCUCCGCGGAGAUUCAUCGACAAACGCAAUACAUCAUUCGAUACUUUGUAACGACCUGGAAUAAUACUAUCUGUGUGAUUAAAGCGAGGACGAAUCGAGGCUUUGGAAAUAAAAUCGACCUCCUUGUUGCCAACGUGAAAAGGGGAUUUCUGACGGACAUGAAGACCAAAAAGGGUUUGUUGGCGAUGUCUGGCAGUGAGACAGAAGAUGAGGACAGUUUGGAUGUGCCUCUGGACCUCUCUUCAAACGGAGGUGUGUCAGGGAAAAGAAAGAGGAGAGGAAACCUGCCCAAAGAGUCAGUACAGAUACUUCGCGACUGGCUCUACCAACAUCGCUACAACGCCUAUCCAUCAGAACAAGAGAAAGCCCUGCUUUCCAAGCAAACCCAUCUCUCUACACUACAGGUGUGUAACUGGUUCAUAAACGCUCGGCGGCGACUCCUUCCCGAGAUGCUCCGGAAAGACGGCAAAGACCCCAACCAGUUCACCAUCUCUCGGCGGGGCAGCAAAGGCGGCGAGAUGCUGAGCGACAGCUCCCAGUCCCCCAAACACGGCCUGCUUGCCAACGGAGAAGACCGCAGCGGUUACGAACCCGGUUCCCCACACUCGGCCAGCAACACACCCAUCUCGGCCGCUUACCCUAAAAAGGCCCUGUCUCCCAAAACGCCCCCCUCACCUGGACCUGUCUUACCCAGACCCUCCGUUAUCUGCCACACCACCAUCACAGCCACGCAAGGUAUCGGCUCGACGGCCCAAGGCGGGCGAGUGCCCGGUUUGGGUGUCGAGGGAGCCACAGAGCUUCCGAUCACAGACGUGGUCGGCCUUUUCGGGUGUCGAGGGGGCAUCGGGGUGAGCGGAGAGGGUAACAUCAGUCCCCAGAGUGGGCUGUUCAACACUCCUCCACCCACCCCACCCGACCUCACCCAGGACUUCAGUGGCUUUCAGCUGCUGGUUGAUGUGGCAUUGAAGAGGGCCGCAGAAAUGGAGCUGCAGGCGAAACAGCUCCUCGCCUGAAGACGGAUGGAUGAAGCCGCUUCAUCCGCGUUUGUUUCUUGCUCCCCGAUCCCAAGCCCCCGAACUCCAAACGGAGUUAAAAAACUUGACUGAGCAACCGAAAGCAAACAAGCAUGACCUGAUCAUUUCUAUUUUUGGUAAAUGUAAAUCAAAUUGAUGAGGAUUCCUUUAUGUAAAGCAUUUCAAGGUGCCUUGGCAGUCAGUUCUUUUUUUUGUAUUCCAUUUAUAUGUAAAUAAAUAUGUAUCGUUUGUUUUGUACACAGGGGACCAAAACCAAAUACAGUACAACGACUUCCUGUCUUUCCUUGUUUGGAGAAGACAAGCGCUUCUCCUUGUUUCAUUCCUCACGAGUCUUUCUUUCUGGUUCCUCAGAGAUUCGGCUCUGUGAUCGUUUAUUUUGCCUCAUUUUUUUGAGAAAACGCAUCUGACAUUGUUCAUUCUGCCUCAGUUUUUUUGCACAAAAUGGCAGGUCAUCUCAGUAUCAACUCUAGCUUUCUCUCCGACAGACUUUAAUCACUACUGCACCGGGUCGUUCUGUGUCUCAUAGACGUUCAGUUUUUGUAUUAUUUUUGUUGUAAAGUUUCAAAUGCUGUCUUUAGUAUUUUUUCUUUUCAUUUAUCUCGAGGGAUAUUCAGAUGUAGCAGAACUAUAGUCUGAGAUUUCCUCCGAAUACUCAGUGUAGAAACGGCCAGUGAAUGUGCCCACAUGCUCCCCGCUCCACCCUUAAACAUACACACACAAACACAAACAAGCUGAAAGAUGAACACUACAUGAAUUGUAUUAGUUUUGUUAUUUUCUUUUGGUUUACCAAGUUGAGACCACUUUAAGAGGAUUAAAGGAAAGAAUGGUUUUAUCUCACCAAAAAUAUUGAAUUAUAGGUUUUGGGACCUUAGAACCGUGCAUUUACAGUAGCCAAUGUGACAUGAUGCCCAAUGAUAUGUGACUUCUCCUCCUUACUGUGCAAUGUAUGUGGCAAAUAGGGGUCACACGGUGUUUAAAUAAAGUUUUGUUUUCUACGAAAA